AUGGCCAAAGUCGAAGCUCCGAUGUGCGCAGAUCAAGCGCCAGUUUCCGGUGCAUUGCAAGUCUCAGACCCCGGCUUGGUCAACGAGGGUGCCAAGAAUGUUCCGUACUUCACCCCCAUUCAGGACCCAGCCGCCGGGACCGCUAGGGACCCUCAACCAGACGGCACCCUCUUCUCGCCGCUCAAGAUCCGCGGCCUGACGUUGCACAACCGCAUCAUUGUGUCGCCCAUGUGCCAGUACUCCGCCGACAAGGGGCACAUGACGGCGUGGCAUAAGACGCACCUGCAGAGCUUCGCGGUCCGCGGCGCCGGGCUGGUCCUGACGGAGGUCCAGGCCGUCGUGCCUGAGGGCCGCAUCUCGCCCGAGGACCUGGGGAUCUGGGAUGACUCGCAGCUGGUCGCCGCCAAGGAGGUGAUUGAGUUUGUCCAUAGCCAAGGAGGGUACAUUGGUGCCCAGAUUGGACAUGCUGGCCGGAAAGCGAGCACUGUUGCUCCAUGGAUUGACCGUAAGGCGGUAGCAGGCAAAAAGGGUAGGGGAUGGCCUGAGGACGUCUAUGGACCGUCUGCCGUCGCAUACAGUCAUGACACCUACGUUCCCAAAGAAAUGACCCUGGAAGACAUUGAGACUCUGAAAGCGAGGUGGGUUGAUGCCGUCAAGCGAGCUGUCAAAGUGGGAUACGACACCAUCGAGAUCCAUGCCGGCCAUGGGUACCUGAUCAAUAACUUUCUCUCGCCCACGUCCAACAAGAGAACCGACCAGUACGGUGGCAGCUUCGAGAACCGUUCCCGCCUACUCAUCGAGCUGGCGGAGCUGACCCGCGCCAACGUGCCCGAGGAUUAUCCGGUUCUUGUUCGUCUCGCCGGCACCGACUAUUUGGAAUUCGACCCUUCGAUUCCCCAGUGGGACAUCCCUCAGGCCCAGAAGCUCGCCAAGAUCCUCGCGGACAAGGGCGUUGAUUUCCUCGAUAUGACCGGCGGCGGACAAGAUGCGAGGAUGAAGGUCAUCCCAGGCCCCAAGUACCAAGCCCAUAUAGCGGAAGCCGUCCGGAAAGCCGUUGAGGGAACCGGCACCCUGGUAGGGUCCGUCGGCGGCAUCGCAACGGGGAAGGACGCCACGGAGGUCUUGGCAGACGGCCAGGCAGACGCCGUCCUCGUGGGUAGGGCGUUCCUCAAAGACCCCAACCUGGUAUGGACUUGGGCUGACGAGCUGGACAUUGACGUCCAUGCUCCCAGUCAAUGUGAGUUUGAAGACUUUCCAUUCUCCAAGAGCGUUAUUUUCUCCAUAAAUUAG